AUGAAAGAAAAGGAAAAAUUAGGUCAGUCUUCGUCGAAUGAACCUCCUAUUAAAGCAGAGAAACCAACUUCAGCUAAUGAAGUGGUAAGUGAAGAUGAAGAGGAAUUGAAUGAAGGAGAUGCACCAGCCUCCCAGACUCCAGAGAUGACAGUAAUAAGAAAAGAAGAAAAGAGGAAGAGAAUAUCAGUAGAAGUAACACCUUCUAGUGAGCCCCCUCCACAACCCCGUCACGUAAAACCAUUGGGUGCAAACGCAAAGAAUACAAGUAAACUUGGAGUUGGUGGAGUAAGUGAAGGUGUACUUGCUAUUAGUGGAGGAAAUAAAGGUGGAGUUUCUGGAGGAAAUCAUGGUGUUGCUGUUAAUGGAGGAAAUGAAGGUGGAGGUGUUACUGAUGGAAAUGAAGGUGAAGUUGUUGUAGGAAAUGAAGCUGGAAGAAAUGAAGGUGGAGGAAAUCAAGGUGUUGCUGUUACUGGAGGAAAUGAAGCUGGAGGAAAUCAAGGUGUUGGUGUUACUGGAGGAAAUGAAGCUGGAGGAAAUCAAGGUGUAGUUUUUACUGAAGUUGGCACUUCUAGUGAUGCUUCUCUUGAUAAAAGUAAAGCAGUGGUUGAGGAGGACAAGAAGGGUGUAAAGAAGAAGUAUCCACCAAAGGAUAAUACAAGAGAAAUCAUUGAUUCCAUGGAGUUUUUACCUAAAAAAAAGGAAUGA